AUGUCCCUAGCAGCACGCUCGCCCAGGUCGCGCAAGUCACUCUCCGCCUUCGACCAGAACAUCCAACACGACAUCAAACCCCUCGCGCCCGCACUCAGCAAAGGCAAGAAGAGGGCCGCUGCCAGUAUUGGCGGAGAAGGUCUGAAGGAACUGGGAUUGAUGGUCAACAAGAUGUAUGACAUGACUGCCAAGAGGAACCCCAGACACCACCUCCAACCACGGAAAUCCAUCCUGAAACCUAGAGGUGAAGAUGACACAAUGGAAUUCACCCAGCAAUACGCACACACCCUCGCUUUUGGAUCACUCCCCGACGAAAACUCUGAUCCCUCUCGAGGUGCCAGACACAGCCUUGGUGGAAGGCGAGUCAGUUUUGCGCCCAAUGCACACGUCCGCAUGUUUGGUGGUCCCACUGCCAAGAACCCAAGAGCUUCUGUUGGUCUCAACUUUACCGAGGCCACUAACCCCCCUUCCAAAUCAAAUCACUCCCGCCGAUCAUCCAUCCAAAACAUCGGCUCAGUCUCCAAACCCAACAUCUUUGCCCACGGCGUCUACACGGGCGAAGGCGAAGGCGAGGGGGAAGAGUCUAUGGAGAUCGAAGAUGAAGAAGGGUUUGAGCAGCAUCCCGAUCAGCAGGCAGGCUACGAAGAUCAGGGGGAAGAGUCGAUGGAUAUGGAAGAAGACGACAUGGACAUCACCACGCAAGUAUACGGUGGUAUCAUUCGACGGUCGUCUAUGGCACCUUCCGCCAACAACUCUGAAGAACUUGAUGCCGAUGCUGAUACUGAAGAUGAGGCAGACAGUACCGAUCAUUCUCAGCUCGACGAAGAGCAAACGAUGGAUUUCACUGUCGCCAUCGGCGGCUUCUUGCCCACUCAAGCGCCAGAAGGAGCGUUGAGCAACCGCAACUCCAUUGGGUACUCUUUCCACGAUCCCAAUGGCGGAUUUGCUCCCAACCUUAUUCCUGGGGAAGCUAUCGAAGGCGAAGAGUACGUCAUGGAAGAAACCGAGACGUAUGGUCAGAUCAUUGGGCAGGACGUAUCUUUCAGCUCUGGCAGUGAAGAUACCAUGACUUCCAGAGACGGUGGAGGCGAAAAGACCAUGACAUUCACCUACAGCUUCCCCCACGAAGCCUCGGCUCCAGCCGAGGACGACGGAAUGGACAUGGUGACUUCUGUUGGUGGUAUCAUCACUUCACCAGAGAAGACCGCCUCCAACGUUUUUGCUGCUCCCCGCCAGUCGACAAGCGCGACCCCUUCGUUCGCCCGUCCCACCGUUGCCUCUACACGGCGGUCCUCUACUGGCAAAAGAAACAUCUUUGGACCUUCUCCUAGCCCUGCUAAAAGCCCUGCCAAGUCUACCACGCCCCGAAAGAGUGCCGCUGCCGAUGUUGCCAAACGACUCAGUUUCGAGCCCACUUCUGCCAGUGGAAGUGGGAAGAAGCGCGCUAGGGAAGAUCAAGAGGAUACAGAAAUUGCCAAGAGAAGUAGAGUUGACGUGGUGGCUGAUGAGGUCUUUGGCACGCCAAACGUCUUUGAUGAAGAGGCCCGGGAGCAGAAGCGCUUGUUCCCUACUACAACUCCAAAAGUCGACCCUGGGCAGCAAGUCCUCUCCGCUCGCCGCUCUUCACUCGGUACUGCCAUGCGGCUUUCUUUCUCCCAUGAAGCACCUGUGGCACAAGCCGAAAAGGUGGGGGAGGUCGAAGACUUCCCGGUGGAGGAGGAACCACAGGCGAUUAGCCUUGGGGCGUUCUUGGAGAUGACGGGAGUGCAAUUCAUGGAGGGAUUGCCAGGGAUGAACAGGAGGAAGAGCAGUGCCGCGAGAGGUGUUUUGGGACAGCCUUAUGGCGGAGAUCGAGAAUUUGCUCUCCACGAGUACACCGAGGCUCAGGUCAACCACGCUGCCAACAAGCUUCGUGACGAUAUCAACACUGGCAACGAGGAGUUGCUCGCCGUUGAAGCUCGCUGCGAAGACGACAGCCCUCCUGUCAUUCAAGAGUAUCUCUCGGCCUCGGAAGAAGACCGCCAACUUUUUGAAAUGACGUUCAAGUCGUUCAAGACAAACACCCAUCUCAAAGCACGUGAAAUGUGGUAUGACUGGAAACGCCAGCUCCUCGAGACUAUCGAGCCUGAGGUCGCCGGUGCACUGCAAGGGAUGCAGGAAGAUGCUAUCAGAUUGGAAGCGAUCAAUGGGGAGCUGAAAUACUUGUUGCCACUCAUGCGAAAGAGGAAGCAGGAGCUGGAGGAAGAGUUGGUGAGAGAAAGGGAGGCGGUGAAGGAGAUUGCGCAGUGUGACCAAGCCGAACUGGCGGGUUAUCGAGAAGGUAUCGCUGAGCAAAGUGCCCAAAUCACCGUCUUUAGUACCGAGCUCAACGACGCCCAGACCAAGUUAUCGGCGCUUGCCUCAAAGCUCGAUGAGCUGUUGACCAAAAAGCACGAGUGUGAAGCUGCGAUCGCUCAUGCCAAGAGCCAGUGCGACCAAUUCACUCGAUCCGAAGCUGUCCGCCUGCAAGAAGAAUACACCUCAUUGCAGCACCUUCACCUGUGGCGACCGCUCAAAACACUACCCAACCACCUUUCCCUUUCAUACGACAAUGAGAUUUCGGUUUCAUUCUCGUGUCACAAUUAUAUCCCCGACAUUUCUUCAGCCGAGCUGGAGUAUCUGGAAAAGGACAGCCAGGAGAAGGGCAAGAAGGGCGUGGCGUCGGGCAAGGGCUGGAAGGGCGAGAGCCCCACAAGCUGUCUUUUCGAGAUCACCAAAGCCGCGAUGAAAGAUCUCUUCAAGCAAAAGAAUAUUACCAUCUCCUCAUUUAUCCAAUCCACCGGCCACCUCUGGUCUCAGUCUCAGCGCCUCCGUGCCGAGCUCCGCUACAUGACUUUCCACCACCCCCUCACCAUCUCCUACAACCGAUCUUCCACCCAGAUGCAGGUGGGAGCGGGAGUAAUGGUGAGAGGCAAGAAGAGCAAAGUUGUGGUAGAGUUUGGAAUAGGGAAGGGUGAUGUUGGGGGUUAUCCGGGGAGUCUGGGGGCGAUGGACGUUGGGGUCAAGACAAUCUACGGGUCGGCAGAUGCCAGUGUUCUGGAACAAGUCGCCAAGCAGACUAUCAAACUAUCCAGUCCUGAAGCAUGCCUGGGCACGCUUUUGCAAGUUUGUGCCGAAGUGGCAAGCAAGUAUUCCAGUUGA